AUGCCGUUAUGUCGCCUCUGCCAGUCCCUAGACAUCCUCAACAUUCCCAAACUAUCAGAUGACUACAACGCCUACCCCAUACCCUUGCGUACUUAUCCCACUCAGAUUGAUAUAUACAGCUCACGCCUUGGCGCCCUCUACAGAAAAGACCCCAGUACACCCGCUGAACUCGAACCCUUAGGUCUUCCAUUCCACCAGUCUAUUGCCGAUCUCGCCGCCAGCGCUGCCUCUUGCGAGAUCUGGGGCGUCGUUCAUCACGAGGUUACGGAGUUUAUGACUGAGCUAACAGAUACAGCGACGGAAAAGGGACCAGACUGGCGGAUGUGGAUAGUGAGGGGAAAGAGGGAUACGGGUGACUUUCUGGUGGUUUCAGGGGACCUGAAUCAAUGGUAUCGUAUUUGGGUCGUCGCUGCAGUGGGACUACAACGAUCCUCUAAGUUAAGCGCGCUGAUCAGAGGCCGGGAGAUCCACAGUUCCUCGUCGGACGUACUAGAGCAUUGCGUCACGUGGGUGCACGACUGCGAUGGUCAACAUGCCAAUGAACGUUGUCACGUCGAAGCAGCGCCGCUUCCCUUGCGCGUACUCGAAAUUCAAAGUUCCAAACCGUACAGUGUAUGCUUGUACGAAAGCCAGGAUGGAAAAGGGCGAUAUGCAGCACUCAGCCAUGUUUGUGACGAUGCCAUGAUGAGCAGCGCGAGUUUUGAGGAACACAAUGACGGUAUUGACGUUGAAAAACUACAGAAGACAUACCAAGACACGAUUGUCGUUGCAAGGAAGCUAGACUUACGUUACCUUUGGAUCGACAAGCUAUGUAUAUCCCAGGAAGACGCCGCAGAAUGGCCCCGCGACUCCCCUCGCUUCACAUCUGUCUACUCAAACACAUACAUUGUCCUUGCUGCCACGGGCUCGGGAACGGACAACGAUGGAUUAUCCAUCUUCAACGCAACGCGAAGUUUCUGGCGUAAAUCCUUGCUGGAAGGUCUCCUGUGGCAAGCCAUCGGCACCACCACGGCUACCUCUUCUUACCGCGCCCCCAGCUGGAGCUGGGCACGCAUGGACGGCCCGUUUGGCGUGUUCGUCCCUGGUGCAAGUCACGGCGACGGGACGUGGAGGGCACUGGCGCAGAUAGACGAUUGUGAGGUCGAGUUGGAAGACGAAAAGCGGCCGUUUGGUGGAGUACGUUCAGCGGUGUUGAAUAUGCGCGUGCCGUUUGAAGUACUCGUUCCAGUGGGCUUUACAGGCGAUGUGGAGGCGUUUCCACCGAGGCAGAAAGGUGUUAAAGUGAAGAUUAGGGGUGGUAAGACAAGUGGUUCUUACGCUGUUUUCGACACGCCGCAGCAUGUGGAGCAUGCGAAGGGGAGGGAGUUGAGCGCGUUGGUGCUGAUGGCGCGUGAGAAGGAAGGCGGGUUUGGGUGUGGAGCUGCUUGUGGGGAGGACGUGAGUAGGGAGGCGUUUCAUUGUGUUGUUGUUGCUAGGGUGGAGGGGGAUCGAGAAGAGGAAGAGCUGCCGAGUUAUGAGAGGUUGGGUAAUGAAGGGCGUGCGGGGAUGACUGGAGAGGAAGGAGAGGGGCUGGAGAGGUUUGUAUUUGUUUAA